CUUUUGCGGCCUCUUGCGCAUUGCCUCGUCUGUUAUACAUCGCAAAAGCAACCUCAGAAGUCUCGCACGCCAUCGCUGCGACCGCGUGCAGCAACCCUGGCGAAGUCCGCCGUGAUUCUUGGCGCAUACAGUAGUGCAGCAGCCAUGAGUGCCUUCGGUACAGGUACGAGGGCCAUGCAGGGCAGCCUCUUCGUUUACGCGCCGGGCCGCCAGGCUUUUGUCACUGGCUCCCUACAAAAGAAGGCGGCAGUUUUAUUAGGCGGCCUGUCCGACGGCCUCCUGGCGUGCCCGUACGCGCCGCCGCUAGCCAAGGCGCUGGAGGCGCUGGGCUACGCGACGGUGCAGCCCAUUUUACGAACGAGCUACGCGCAGUUCGGCUUCGGGAGCCUGGACAACGACGUCGAGGAUCUCGAGGAGCUGUUCGGCUGCGAGGCGUUCAGGGGCGUCGAGGAGGUUUUUAUGGUCGGCCACUCGACGGGGUCGCAGGUCUGCGCGCACUACGCGAGGCACGGCAAAGCCGAGAAGAAAUUGCGCGUGUGCCUCCAGGGCGGCGUGAGCGACCGCGAGACGGACUCGGAGCGGGAGGUCGUCCGGCGGUCGCCCAUCUUAACGAGGGCGCAGUGGCAGGUCGACACGGGCAAGGGCGCCGAGUUCCUGCCGCGCGAGUGCCACUGGGCGCCCAUGACGGCGCGGCGCUACCUCGACCUCCACGACGUCGGCGGCGCGGACGACUACUUCUCGUCGGACCUCGCUGCCGACGAGCUGCGGAAACGGUUCUCGGCCUUCGGCGCCCGGGGCGUGGGCUGCCUCGUCGCCUACAGCGGCGCCGACGAGUACGCGCCGAAGAGCGUGGACAAGGCGGCGCUCGUGGAGAAGAUCUGCGGCGCCUGCGCGGCGGGCAACGCCGCGCGCGUCGCCGGCCUCGUCGUCGCUGGCGCGCCGCACAACUGCGCCGGCGCCGAGGAGGCGUUCGUCGCGGCCUGCGUCGCGUUUCUGACGGGCGGGGCCGUCGAGGGCGCGUGCUUCGAUACACUUAAGUAG